AUGGGGCACCUGCAGAAUCUCAUGACAUGGGCCAAGGCCCAAGGUGUAGUAAUUGACGCGAUACAGCCGAGCAAGAUUCCCGGUCGAGGCACAGGGAUUCUAACCACGCGAAAGAUUGAGGCUGGAGAGGAAGUCUUGAAGGUGCCUCCUGGGGCGUUGCGCUGCUUGGACUCAAUUCCGUCGAGUGUACGCGAGAGAUUGCCCGCGAAGACGACCAUCCAGGCACUGCUUGCGGCGGACUUGACUCUUGAUAAGAGCGCCAAUGCGGUGCCUUGGAAGGCUGUGCUGCCGAGGAUGAGUGAUUUUGAAGUAGGCAUGCCGAUGUUGUGGCCGAGAGAGCUGAAGGAUCUUUUGCCUCUUGAGCCUAGAAAUCUUCUCUCCAAACGGGAGAAGGCGUUCCAGGGUGAUUGGAGUGGUUUCAACAAGGCGUUUCCGGGCGUUCCAUAUGAUGAGUACACGUAUGCAUGGCUGGUUGUCAACACUCGGACUUUUUACAAUGAGACUCCCGAGACGUUGAAGUAUCCCUGGGAAGAUAGGCUGGCCUUGAUCCCUGUGGCCGAUUUGUUUAACCAUGCGGACGUUGGGUGUAGGGUGUAUUACUCUCCAGAAGGAUACCACAUCGUUGCGGAUAGCAAUUACGAAAAGGGCGAGGAGUUGUAUAUCUCGUACAGUAGCCACUCAAACGACUACAACCUGCUCGAGUAUGGCUUCAUUCCUGAUGAGAAUCCAUCAGACGAUGUCUACAUUGACGAUGUGAUAUUGCCCAAGCUGAGCGCGAGCCAAAAGGCGGACCUCGAAAAGCAAGAUUUACUGGGAGAGUAUCCCUUGGGAGAAGCGACCGAGGAGUUUCGCCGUACGCAGGCGGUUUUGAGGCUACUUUGCUGCACGACCAAGGAAUUUAAGCGAUUUCUGAACGAUGAGGAAAAGGGACAUGAUGUUCAAAGCCGAAUUGACGAGUAUCUGGUAAAGUUGCUGAAUGAGUAUUUGAAUGACAUUGUUGCAAAGCGGUUACGGGAGGUUGAUGCUUUAAAAGUUGGUUUGGAAGAUCAAAGGGCACUUUUGACGAAGCGAUGGAUGCAGAUUGAGGUGAUUGCAAGGCGGAAGAUUGAAAGGUACCGUGGGAGACGGAUGGAUACUGCAGAGUAA